AUGGAGCUGGCGGAACUGCGAGCGAUGCUGCGGGAGGUGGUGGUCAAGGCUUGCGAGCUCACCUCCUUUCUACAAGCGAGCCUACUGAAGGAUGAGGUGACAGUGGCGGACUUCGCUUGCCAGGCGUUGAUCACUUUGCUUUUGGACCAGAGAGCCUCCGGAUAUCCCUUACCGAUGGUGGGAGAAGAAGAUGCCAAAGCUUUGCGUGAAAAUGCGGCCUUAGCGGGCAAGGUGCACGGUCACGUGGCGAAGUUCCUGCCGGGUGUGACGCUGGAGGAGGUGUUGGAUGCCUUGGAUCGAGGAAGACACGAAGGAGGACUGGGUACCUUCUGGGUGCUGGACCCCAUCGAUGGCACCAAAGGCUUUCUGCGGAAGGCGCAGUAUGCGAUCUGCCUUUGUCUGGUGAAGGAUGGUGACAUCCUGGUCUCUGCGCUGGGAUGCCCCAACCUACCAGUGUCCUUCGCCGAUCCGGAGAGUCCCAUCGGCUGCGUUUUCCACGCCGCGAAGGGCCUCGGCUGUGUGCAGCUGAACCUUCACGACGGGGCGGAACACGCCGUCCGUGUGGACGCUCUGAGGGGCGCGGAUGCCACGUGCGGCGGAUGCGAGAAGCGCGGACGCGAGGAAGGGUACGUUGAAUCGUACGAGUCGGCGCAUUCCAGCCACAGCCAACACGCCCAGAUCGCCGAACGCUUGAAGCUUGGGCCGCCUCGGCGCAUGGACAGCCAGUGCAAAUUUGGAGUCUUGGCGCGGGGCGAAGCCUCACUCUAUUUGCGGCUCUCCGAUCGUGAUCAAUCCAUUUGGGACAUCGCGCCGGGCGCCAUGGUCGUACAGGAAGCCGGAGGGCAGGUGACGGAUGUGCGUGGCCGGCCCUUAUCCUUCUCAGCUGGUCGCACCGUAGGGGUCCCAGCACUCUUUGCCUCGAAUGGCAUGAUGCAUGAGGAAGUCCUUAAAGCCAUUGGUUUGAGAGUGAGUUCGGCCGGCGAGUUCGCAGAGAUCGGUGAAAAAAAGAGGCAUGGAGAAGAACGACCUUGCAGAGCCUUGCGGAGCUGCAAGGAAGCUCCGCAAGGCCGGUCCAGCUUUGGACGAACCACGGACUUCACGCGGAAGGCGGCGUGCUGUUUUUCCGUGCCGCGCUCCUGUGCGGAGCUGCGCACACUGCACGCAGAACACGCGGCACGGUAUUCCACCGACCAGUGGCCACACAACGAUCAGCCAGGCUUGGACCGCGACCUAACGGUGCAUCACUUGGUACCCAAACUUCACUGGAGGCGUAUGCGGAAGAAGCGACAAGUCUCUGGUAAAGAUGAGCCGCCAAGGGCAAUCCUGUGCAGGACCUGCCAUAGCAUGGUCCAUCGUACCUUCAGCCACAGCGAGCUCGGGCGGCACUACAACUCCAUCGAGGCCUUGGAAGAGGCGUGUGAGCUGCAGAACUACUUGCGGCCCCGCGGCUUGAGUUCGGGCGAAGCGGGGCGAAGCGAGGCCUUUCUGCUGUCGUGCAGAACCAUCGAGGAGCGGCGCCGGAAUGGAACGACGUUGGAACCACCCGUGGGGCGAUGGGCCUUGGCGGUCUCGUGUGACGAUGAAUUCAACGAGAAGCAGGCCUCGACCAUUGGCCCCUCCGCCCAGCUUGGUGACCGACGGAUCCGCGGUCCGUGGUGCGGUCGGGGCUCGGCAUCCAUGAUUGAUUUGCCAAUGGAUGAGAGCAAAGUGCCAGAUGCAAAGGAUGCCAGCGAAUUGACAUGCGUGGACUUCAAGACUAAAUUCAUGCAAGUGAGAGGCAAGAAGCUCAAAUUGGCCCUCUGGGACACCGCGGGGCAGGAGCGCUUCCGGACUCUCACGUCCUCGAUGCUCCCGGAGCCUGCCUCCAUGCAUCUCGCUCCGCGUCGUUGGACGCGCUCCGCCUCCUUGGGCCUCGGCCUCUUGGGCACUGCCUUGAUCGGAACCAUCGGUGUGAUCGUCUUGAAGAGCAAGACUUCCGGAGGUGUGUCUUCCUCGGUGGCUGAUCCGACCAAAGAGUACAGUAUGGUAAGCUCACAUGGAUUCAUGGGCGGAGUGAAAUCCUUCGCUCAUAGUUCAAUUGCUAUGCCAGGUUUGCCUCAGUUUCACCAGGGCUCACAUGUCACACAUGUCCAUCACUUUCACUCCUUUGGCACGCCUGUGGAUUCUUCUUUCGGCAUGCCAGUGGAUCAAGUCAGCUACGGUGAUUCUUCUAUGGUGGGUGAUUCUUCUGCUACAGGGUAUUCUACUGUUGGCGACGUUGACUCUUCUGUUACAGGGGAUUCUUCUUCUUUGGGCGUCCCAGCAGAUCAAGUCAACUACGGUGCUUCUUCUUUCGGCGUCCCAGCAGAUCAAGUCGACUACGGUGCUUCUUCUUUCAGCGUGCCAGCGGAUCAGGUCAACUAUGGUGAUUCCGUUGCAAUGCCAUCGGACAUGAAUCAGGUUCACUACACAGCACACGGAGGUUCGUUUGCUAUGCCAGCCGACAUGGAUCAGAUUCACUUUGGUGCCAGUUCCAUUGUCCCAGGAUGGACGAAGAAUUCCUUGGGUGGCUUGGAGCAUCACUCAGUGGUGGAUUGCACCACGGUGGAGGAGGAUGCUUCGGUGGCCAAGCUGGAAAUGUGUUGCAAAUACGGCAAGAUUGGUUGCAAGCAGCUGAAGAAGGCAAAGAAGGCGAAAGCCAAGAAAGCUGAGACCAAGGAAGAUGAUGCUGACGAUCAUGAUAAAGACGAUCAUGACGACGAUCACGAUCAAGAGAAGGAGUCUGCCGAAGAGCCUUCAAUGGCAGUGGAAGAUGUAGAAGAGAAGGAGGUGCAGGCAGAAGAGCCAGAGAAGGAGGCUGCCGAAGAGCCUGAGACGGAGGCUGCCGAAGAGCCAGAGAAGGAGGCUGCCGAAGAGCCUGAGACGGAGGCUGCCAAAGAGCCUGAGACGGAGGCUGCCGAAGAGCCUGAGGCAGAGGAGCCAGAAAAGGAGUCUGCCGAUGAGCCUUCAAUGGCAGUGGAAGAUGUAGAGGAGAAGGAGGUGGAGGCAGAGGAGCCAGAGAAGGAGUCUGCCGAAGAGCCCGAGACAGCUGAGAAGGCGGUGGAGGCAGAGGAGCCAGAGAAGGAGUCUGCCGAAGAGCCCGAGACAGCUGAGAAGGCGGUGGAGGCAGAGGAGCCAGAGAAGGAGUCUGCCGAGGAGCCCGAGACAGCUGAGAAGGCGGUGGAGGCAGAGGAGCCAGAGAAGGAGUCUGCCAAGGAGCCCGAGACAGCUGAGAAGCAGGCAGAGGCAGAGGAGCCUGAAAAGGAGUCUGCCGAAGAGCCUGAGGCCUUUGUCUCAGUCGCCUCACUUGCUGGUCGAAGCCCCUGGUGGACGGCUGCGGUGGACUCCGCGGGCAUCGGUCGCCUGAAGGGCGCAUCGUCACCGAAGCCGCAGCGAAAGAGCGGAACGUCCGAUCCCAACGUAAGCCCAUCACGAGUGAAGCCCAUCCUGAUUUGGGUUCGCAGAUCUUCAGAGAGAUAUACCGAGUUCCAUGCCGUGGUUCCUGAGUUUGCCGAGAACAGAACGCCUCAGUGCUAUGAUUGCACGCAGAGGAGUACCUUUGAGCACGUGAAGUAUUGGCAAGAUGAGGUUCGAAGGUAUUCCACCAAUCAGGAUGCGAUUCUGAUGCUGGUUUCGAACAAGGCCCUGAGCGGCUCCGUGACCCCCGUGCGACGUCCCUUCGCGUCCGAGCGGCGUCCCUUCGCGUCCAACAGAAUUGGCUUCGUCGAGUCGCAGAGGAGUCGGUUCGUCGGCGAGGAGAAGGAACAGACGCAAAAGGUGGAGCACCCGUGCAGCACGGCCUCGCAGCCGACGCGGCAGGAGUUUGCCUUCGCCCAGUCGAUGAUGUUCAUCGAGACGAGCGCCAAGACGAGGUCCUUUUGCGUCCCAACCGAUCGAGUGGAGCGAGCGGAGGUCCUGGCCUUGACGCCGGGUCAGCUGUGGAAAAGAUCCGUGUGGCGGAGUUCGGCGACGCGUUCCGCGACGUUCAACGUGUACUUGGUGCGGCAUGGCGAGUCCACCUGGAAUUCAGCCGCGAAGCGCUGGGAUUUGUGGCAGAUGUUCUCCCAGGUGGAUCAUCCGUUGACUGAGCAGGGCAUCCAGCAGGCCAAGCGCCUGCGAGACGCGGCGGCACAGGACGCCCUAUGGUCGCAGAGUCGGCUCUUCUCAUCGCCGCUGACGCGCGCCCUGCAGACCACCUUGUUGGCCACGGCUGUCGCCGGUUCCGAGGGCGAGUCGCCAGCGAGGAGCGCCAAGCGCUUGACGCUGCUGCCUGACGCGCGCGAGAUCGCUUGGCCGCUGGCAGGUCCCGACUCCCGCAGUCGCGUGCUGGGUGAAGGAGUCAUGGCACGCGCAUUGGAGGAGCUGAGAAAAGUGGAGGCCACGUGGACCGAAUGCACUGAGGAGCAAUCUGUGGUGGAUGCAUCUCUGGUGGAGAAAGUUUGGUGGAACAAGUUCUGGGAGUCCAAGACAGAGAUGCAAGAGAGGUUGAAGCGGCUUCUGCAGACCAUUGAGCCAGCGAUGCCGGGCCAAAGUAGUGUCCUGGUUUGUCACAGCUUGUUGAUUCAGCGGCUCUUCAAGGACUUCGCUGCUCCCAGCUUGGUGAAGGACCCUGAGAAGCAGCAACUCCUGUCGGGUCUCCGGUCGCGCAAGUUGCAGAACUGUGGUGCCGUGCGGCUUCGCUUGGACACUGGCCAGAUCCACGACGUAGAGUUGGCCUUUGGAACCAAGCUCGUGUGA